CUGUACAGUACUCCAACAUGGCGGAGAGGUCGCGUAACUGAGAGUGCAGUUUAAGCCCCCAGAGAAGUUCGCAGAGUUGGUGUACCUUUCAGCCGCAAAGAGUGCAUUUGUAAGCGGAUUGUCGUGUGUGGACUGCUGCUAUCGGAUCACGGACAUGAAGGGGAAAGAGCGUUCGCCGGUGAAAAAACGCUCCCGGGCGCCAGAGGAGAGUAGAGACCGAGGAGGGAGUCACCCAAGCGGGAAGAAGCUGUCGACGGUUGGUAGCAACAGCAGCAACGGCUCCGGUCAGAGCGGAGCUUCUUCCAGGAGAAGUUUACACAGCGAGAAAAGAGACGCGAGGGAAAUGGACGGACACAACUCCUUUAGCCGGAACGGCGGCGGCGGCAGCAGCAGCAGCAGCAGCGGCGGCUACGACUACAGAGUCAUGUCGGCGAACAAGCCGCACGUUGUCGCUGACGUCUCCGCGGAAGCACCGAGGUCCUCUUCACGCAGCGACCCGCGGCCUCCGCUGAACCCAGAGAGUGAGUACAAGACUCUUAAAAUAAGUGAGCUGGGCUCCGAGCUGAACGACGAGGACAUAGAGGACGGACUGUUUCACGAGUUCAAGAGGUUCGGGGACGUGAGUAUCAAAAUAAGUCGAGAAAACGACCAGAGGGUGGCGUUUGUGAACUUCAGGAGGCCCGAUGACGCCCGGGCGGCGAAACACGCCCGCGGAAAGCUGGUGCUGUACGACCGCCCUCUCAAAAUAGAGACCGUUUACAUGAACAGACGUAGAAGUCGCUCCCCUGUUUCAAAAGACAAUUUCCCCACAGGACACAGACACGUCCCCUCUCAGAGACAGCUGUCUCCCACUGGUUUGGGGUACAGAGACUACCGGCUCCAACAGCUGGCCCUGGGUCGUCUCCCUGUUCCUCCUCCUCCCCCUCCCCCUCCUCCCCCUCCUGCACCACCUCACAUUAGAAACCUGGAACGAGAGAGAGACUUUUCUAUGUAUGAGGCCAGAAACCGGCCACAUUUUGUCCCCGAAUGUGCCGUUUUCCGUGAUGAGGACGCUGUCAUGCCCGAGGAUGACCAGAGGGCCAACAGGACUUUGUUUCUGGGCAACCUGGACAUCAGCGUGACAGAGAGUGACCUGAGGAGGGUGUUUGAUAGGUUCGGGGUGAUUACAGAGGUGGACAUAAAGAGGGCAGCGCGAGGACAGAGCAACACCUACGGAUUCAUCAAGUUUGAGAACCUUGACAUGGCUCAUCGUGCCAAAAUAGCAAUGUCGGGGAAAAUUGUGGGCCACAGCCCGAUUAAAAUCGGCUAUGGUAAACCCACACCCACGACCAGGCUGUGGGUGGGGGGGCUUGGACCCUGGGUUCCACUUGCCGCACUGGCUAAGGAGUUUGAUCGCUUUGGAACCAUCAGAACUAUAGACUACAGGAAGGGCGAGGCGUGGGCUUACAUCCAGUAUGAAAGUUUGGACGCUGCUCAGGCUGCUUGUACUCACAUGAGGGGCUUCCCUCUCGGCGGCCCCGACAGGAGACUCAGGGUGGACUUUGCAGACACAGAGCACCGCUACCAGCAGCAACAGUUUGUGCAGCUUCCCCUCCCACUGCCACACUAUGACUUAGUCCCAGAGCCCUUUGCCCACUGUUUGACUGACCCAGUGAGAGUCAGAGAGAGAUCCCCUCCCCUCCCUCCUCACUUCAGAGACAGAGAUCUGUACCCACCAGCCGAAUGGGCUGGCCUGGGUGUCCACGACAGGAUCCGUGGAGCAGGCUUUGAUCCCGUAGAUCGCCUGGAGAGGCGUCUGCGUGAGCCCUGGUCAGUAGAACACGAGCGGGAGUUACAAAACAGAGAUCUGAGCCGCAAAAGGAGACAAGUGGGCGAUGGCUGGUGGCUGGAGCGUUCACCUGACAGCAGUGACUAUGGUCUGCCCCGUCACGUCAGCUCACUAGAGCGGAGCCCUGGAGGCGGCAGUCGAGAUGGGGGGCGGUACAGUGACCUUGAGCGCCUGCCUCGCCCCGGAAGACCCUCCCCCAUCAGAGAGCAGCAAAACAGUAAGGACGGUGGCUUUGGAGAUAAGAGAAGGAGAACACUUAGCCCAACUGGGCCGAGCCCAGACAAGGACCACAAACGCAAAGCCAGUGACUCCUCUAAGAGCCCAGCAAAGAAGGAGGACCGUGCUGAACAACCUUCCUCCUCCUCAAAGUCUCACCAGCAGUGCAAGGCAGCAACAGGAGGACAAAAGCUAAGUCAGGUCUGGCAGGGCGCCCUCCUACUGAAGAACAGCAGCUUUCCCACAUCACUGCACCUACUGGAGGGGGACGUGGCAGUGGCUACCAGUCUUCUGGUGGACGGCUCUACAGGCGGUCAAGUGUCCCAGCUAAAGAUCAGCCAGCGCCUGCGCUUGGACCAGCCGAAGCUGGAUGAGGUCUCUCGUCGCAUUAAGGCCAACGGCUCCAGUGGAUACUGCAUCCUACUGGCCAUGCCUGGUAAGGAAGAAGAGGCCCAGGACACCGGCAGCUCUAUGGAGAGACCACUGAAGAACCUGGUGUCCUACCUGAUGCAGAAGGAGGCGGCGGGCAUCAUCAGCCUCCCCGUGGGGGGCAACCGCGACAAAGAUCACGGAGGAGUCCUUCACACUUUCCCCCCUUGCGAUUUCUCAAAGCAGUUCUUGGAUGCCUCUGCCAAAGCCUUUACCAAAGCAGAGGAUGACUAUAUGGUGGUGAUCAUUAUCAGAGGAGCAGCAUGAAAAAAAAAAGAAAAAAAAAAGUGCCAAUUAUGCAAUGUGUCUUUUGUGAACUGUUGAACUGUGAAUUGGGGAAAAACAGGGGAAGUUCUUGCAUUGGAGCCUGCGUCUAAUCCUUUUAAAGGUUUAUAGAAAUGAAAGCCGCAUUGAAUUUAACAAAUUUUUUGCUAAAUUCAUUUCCUUGAUAAUUAAAUAAUUUGAGGUCACAUGCCACAUUUGUUUGCUACUUAGUCGUCAGGUAAAUGUAAAUUACUUGAAGGGGUUCUCUGCUGAAAGAGCAAGUCACAGUCAUUCAUUCAUUCGAUUCUUUUAUAUAAUUUAAUCCAGUGGCAAAUGAUAAGAAACUAAAUAAGAAAACAGCGUUUAGUUUGUAGUAAAAUGAUGCUUGCAGUGCAGAUGGUCUACCACAAAAUGAUGUUUUUUUUCUUGCUUGAGGAAAAUGAUCUAUUUGCUCUAAAGCUUUACCCAAAUGUCAAAGUAUGCACAUUGCUGUUUUUGUCAAGUUUGGCAACUUCUACUUAAAGUUAGACAUUUUUUAUUUUAUUUUUGAACAGCAGAAUAAUCAUAUUUGUCAGCCUGGUUUCUGGUGGUUUUGAAAUACUUCAUCAACAUUAUAAGAUUCAGUGUACAAUACAUUGCAGUAAUGUCAGUGUCACAUCUACAGGUUUAUGAGACGUCGUUGGUAAAAUGAAUGCAGUUAUUCGUGUGUGUGUGUGUGUGUGUGUGUUCUUUUUUUUUGACUAAGCAUCCAUUUGCACGAUUAGUGGACACAAGUAGCAAGAACCUGUUCAUUGUAAUGCAUUUUCAGGUCACUCACACACAGAGAGUUUUCAACUGUUUAUUUUUGACUCCAUGCUUAACACGUGUCUACAUUGGGCUGCAUUUUAAUUGGAGAUAAUAUCCUGGACUAUUCUCUUUAAUCCUUUGUUACAAAGAAGAGCAAAAAAUGGAACCAUCAAAAAGGUUUUCCUUAAAUUGACGUUGAUAUAUACAAAAGAAAUACAAAUUAAUUUCCUGUUGGUCAACAGUUAAAGAAAGUCGCUUUAGUAUUUACAAAAUUGAACAUCUCAAAGCUUUGCUGCGUUUAAUAAAUAUAAAUAAUAAAUUGCAGCCAGGUCCCUUAUUUUGAAGGGCAGUCUAUGAAUACAGGGGUUCCCUCUGCUUGUGUCCUUUCCCUUUGUUUCAGUCGCGUCACGUUUCAUUUGGAUAAACGACUGUGGGUUCAUUUCGACUGUAAACCUUUGUUCUCGUAUGUACUGUUAAAGAAAACAUGAUGUGACCUAUAAAUGAAGAGUCAUACGUACGCCAUAACCAAUCAGACGUCAAUCAUUAGAACACCGUGCUAUGAUCUCAGUGGACUCUUGUGUUACGCCACCUUCCUCUGAUAUUGAUUUAUUCAUCUCAUGAUUGCUGUGUUUUCAAAUGGAAGAAAAAGAAAUGUUUGGUUUUUUUUGUGCUGUAAACUCAGGAUAUCUGGAGAGAGACGUGGAGAACAUCGGUGCUCGUGGGCCUAAGACGUUUACCUAACUGUCAGAAAAAAAACACACAAAGUGCAACAUGCACUUGAUAGAUUUUGUCUCAAUAAAUUUACUCUUUCGUGGGAAACACAAGUGCCUUGGAAGACAGCUUUUGUGACCUUUUCUGUUCUCUUGGAAUUGUCUAUCAAACUAAAGGCUUUAUCACUUUGACAGCAGGAGCUUUCCCUCCCUCCCUCCCUCCCCCCCCCGGCAGAGAGGAGAGGAAGUGUGAGAAUGGAAGUUUUGUGUUUUUCAUUUGUCCAGUGACCGAUUUUGUAAGAUUUGACCGUUACUGUUACAUGCUUGUGUCGGUGCGUCCGCAAAAGGCAAACCUAGAGUCGCUGUGACUCUCCAGAUGUGUGGCGUAUUCCUCAGUCACCUCUGGCCCGUGUGAGCGGAGGCGUGGCUGAGACACGGCGGAGCUUUCAUCCCUCUGGUUGGUCACCAAAGUCACUGUGGUUGUCUCCAGACCCUGAACAGGAGCACAGCAGCAUCUCAAGGCCCUGACCGUCUUUCUCGUCUGGCCCCGGCUGAGUCCCGAUGGUUCAGCAUCUGUGGGCAGCUUGAGAAGGAAGUUUCUUUUAUUUGUUAAGGUGUUUAUUCUUGCAUUUGGAUUUUUUGACGAACGUCUCUGCUAGGGCCAGACUGUCGGAGUAAGAUUUUUUUGUGAAGCGUGAGACCGCGAGAUCUGCUGUAUUUGCCGUGAAAAGGAAGAGAAGAACGCGCAACAGAGGAGAAACAGUUUCCUGUGCAGGGGAAACCCUUAAUUUUUAGUUCAUAUGUUGAUGUCAUUAUGUACAUAAAACAGAUUCUGUGCAAAAUGUGCACAUGAAACCAAAAAAAAGGAUGAGUCAGGAUGUUGCUCAAGAUCAAGAUGGCGUCACCACCGCUUCUUCUCAUCAGUGCUUUGUCUCAGAACUGUCGUGAGGAGCGUCGCCUCAGUCCCAGGUGUCCACAUCCUGCCUCGGCGGGGGAUUCAAAGGUUCCUCGAAGGUUUGAGGCCAAAAGGGUUGAAGUCUCACCUUUUGAAGUCCAAAGUAUUUCAGGUCAUUGCCACAGCUCAGGAGCAGAGAAGAAGGAAAACCUGUUGUCCCCCCAUGUUACACUACACCUCGGUGAGUACAAUUUAGAUUUGCACUUAUACAUAUUUUUAUAUUUAUACAUGCAAAGCUUUAUGUAAAGAUUGUAAAUGAAAUUAAAUGUUUUCUUGAAUAAAGAGUGCUAUACUUGAAAAACCCA